GCGCAUGCGAAGUACCCAUUCCCUUCCGAGGUCCAAAACCUUAACCAAGAUGGCGACUCAGUGCUGUGAAACGUGAUUUGGCCGUUCGAAACUUCGUGUAAAAGUAGCAGGUCAGCCAGCGCCAAAGAUGGCACUUUCAAGCCAUGGAAUAAGUUUUGGUGACUUCCAAGAUAUCGAAGCGGAGGAGUAUGAGAAUCUAUUUGGCACCCUCAAGAAGCCUUUACAUAAUAGCUACUUAGAGCUGCCAUGGAAUGAAGAUGAUUACAUACAAGAUGCAGUUGCAAAGUCAAUGCAAGACAACGUUGCUGCAGAUGCAAGCUUGGAUGUUCCAGUGCCAGGGUUUUCUCAGCAACAGCAGCAGCAGCAGGAGCAACAGCAGGAGCAACAGCAGAUGUUGCAGCAGCAGCAGCAGCUUAACUUACAUCUGCAGCAACAGCAUCAGCAGAUGCAAAUACAACAACAGAUGCAACAGCAGCUUUUCCAACAACAGCAGAUGAUGCAGUAUCAACAUGAGCAUCAGCAGCAGCAGCAGCAGCAGCAACAGCAACAACAACAUCAGCAGCAACAACAACAACAUGAACAGCAGCAGCAGCAGCAACAACAACAACAACAACAGCCUAGCAGUACUCAAGCCCCACCUCCAGUCACGUCUACCCAGGCCAUACAUGGCUACUCUCCAAUUUUACCACCCGGACUCCUAGGCAUGGGAGCACAACCGCACCAGGAAAUGUAUGCACAAUUAGUGGCCCAAACACAACACUUGCUAAUGCAGGGCCAUUUCUCUACUCAUCAACAGCCACAACUAACGACCCAGGCAGCACAACCUCCUUCUGAGGCUUCGGGUGGUCAGAUAAUGCCCGACGAAGCAUCCCGCAGUUCUGAUGGACAAACUACCGAUUUGUCUGACAAAAAAAGGCGGAACAAAAAGAAGCGUGAUCCUAGUUAUUACGUUAACCUCUAUGAUGAUCCCAAGCAGUACGGGAGAACAGAGACUGCCUAUUAUGCUGACAAUGAGAGCAGUGGGAGUAGCAGUGGGGCUUCCAGUGAAGCAGCUAGUGGUGUCAGAAGUGGGAUUGAACUGGGAGACAUGCAAGUCAACUUGGACAUAGCUGCCAAGGAUGUGAGCAAGGAGUCCCAAGAUGGGGCCCAACCCUUCCAAAACCAACACGUACAACAGUUGAACUCUCCCUCCCCUGAUAAGAAAGAUACAGAAUUGUUCACACACCAUGCACCAGAAAGAACUAGUCCCACUGCAGUCGGUACAAACGAAGAGAAGCAAAACACGGUCUGUAAUGACCCCUCUGAUGCACAAAUGCCAAAAUCUGUCAACUCACAACUCCAGGUGCCACAGAAGCCCACGCCAGCGACGGAACCUAGUGCAAUACCAACCCAAACCGUGCCCGCCAAAGUGAAGCAACAAGUUGUGGAAUAUCCAAGAACUAAGGCGAGUCCCAAGGAGGAAACCGUCAAUCCUUACGGCUUGUCCUUUGGAUUGGGAGCCAGUUUACCCACAGAGGCAGAGUGUACAUCACAGAGUCGAUCAACCGAAUCCAGUACUGUCAAAGAGUCCAAACAGGAAAAAACAAACAUGAGUGUCUCAAAACCCAAAGAGGAACCUGUAGUGAGCAACGCACAACAACUGAGUCCUAAAGAAUGCCAACCCGAAGUCAGUGUCGCUGCUGUUACUCCAGCUCCGACCGAAGAAGCUCAAACUCCGAAACCAGAAGAAGGAGCCAAGACUCCAACGGUUGCCUCACCACCAGCUGCACCCAAGCCAACAAGUUGGGCAGGCCUCUUCAAAUCCCGUGCCUCAACGGCUCAAGCCCUGCCUACCACCAUUGCAUCUCCUGAUACAUCAGAAUCGCCUCAAGUCGAAACCAAAGUAGCAGUACAGUCCGACACUGAUGAUAAGACACCAGUGUCGACGGAAAAAGAUCCGAGGGCUAAAGAAUUGGGAGGAGUCCUGAGCCGUGUAGCCCUGAACCACCGUGCUAUGUACAUCUUGCCAAGAGGCUUGAAGAACAUCGGCAACUGGUGCUACGUCAAUAGUAUCUUACAAGCAUUGCUAGCCUGUCCACCAUUCUAUCAUCUGAUGAAAUUUGUGCCAUUCUUUCCUAUGCAACGAGGGCCAAGUUCAACACCCAUGAUGGAUGCCAUGGUUGAGCUGGUUAGCCAGUUUUCCGAGCAGAGCGGCCGCACCAUGCCCAAGAAGGGAAGUAUAGACAUCAAAGCAGGGACAGCCUUUGAGCCUCGCGUAGUUUAUCAGAUGAUGGCUGUGGCUAACACCUCCAUGUCUGUCAAGCAAGGACAUCAGGAGGAUGCAGAGGAAUUUCUUGGCUGUCUCCUGAACGGUCUACAUGAGGAAAUGCUGGCACUCAUGAAAUACUACGCACCGUCAAAAUACGGAGAUGCCAGCAGUUCCUUGAAUGCCAAGACUAACGGUCUGCCUGUCGCUAACCACACUAAGACAGACGAUGAGGAUGAUGAUGACGCUGAUGAUGAGUGGGAACAGGUCGGGCCACGGAACAAGAGCAGUAUCACACGAUCGGCUUACUUCAAUCGUUCGCCAUUGUACGACAUCUUCGGAGGUCAAAUGAGGUCAGCUCUCCAUCAACAAGGGUCCAAAGAGUCUGCCACCCUCCAGCCGUUCUUCACAUUGCAGCUGGACAUUCAGUCUGAUAACAUCUGGUCAGUGUCUGAUGCCAUCAAUAAUCUGGGCAGCCGAGAGGCACUCCAUGGUUUCACAUGCAACAAGACCAAGCAGGAGGUUGAAGCCUCUCGACGUAUCACUCUUGAGGAACUACCUCCCGUGUUGACGCUUCACCUGAAACGAUUCGUCUACGAUAAAUCUGGUGGAUGUCAGAAAGUCAUGAAGAAACUAGAGUAUGGAGUGGAACUAGAGAUCAAUAGAGACCUUCUGUCGCCGAACAUCAAGUCCAAGGCUUUGUACGCACAGCGCAGUUACAAAUUAUUUGCCGUGGUGUACCACACAGGUAAGGAAGCCUCUGGUGGACAUUACAUCACUGAUGUCUUCCACGCUGGUAGUAACAGCUGGCUGCGACUCGACGACAGCAUCGUGAAGCCGAUACGGUUACAUCAAGUCACUAAGCCACUGGCUGCCUACACACCGUAUCUCCUGUUCUACAGACGACGCGACUUGAUCUAAUGGGGCUAGGUGAUUAUUGGCUCUGCGCGUGAACUCCCGAGGGCGCCCUUUAGGCAUUUAUAUGUCACUGGUUCACGUGAGCUGGUCAUCUGUUACCAUUUGAGAAUCGUUAAAUUACAAUUUGUUAAAAUGUAAUUUAACAAAAGCAAAGUUGGCUGGUAUUCUGUCCCGCUGGUAUAUUAUUAACUUGAAAAGGAGGAUGUUGGAACCAGCUUAGUGGUAAAAAAAAGCGUACUUUGAUUCAAGUACCAUGGAUGUGUAUAAACAAGGUUUAUUUAAUGGGUGGAGUUUUGUAUCAAGGGUUUAGGUUUGAGGAGCUGGAUGUAAAAGCUCCAUUUAAUAUAAAGUAUGUCGAUUCACCAGGGUAAGUCCUUGAUUGUUGUACAGUUUAGCAUUAUUUGUAAAGAUCAGAAAACAAAAACAAAAACAUAAUAAAUAUAUGCUUGCAUAAUAAGUGCCUAUUAAUAAUGUACAGUGCGUUUCAAAAUUUACGUUAAGUUGAUGAGUUGUUGAUAAUAAGUUGUUGAGUUUUACUUCUGAUGGACGUUCAACUCAAAAUUUUUGUAGAGUUUCAGUUUAUGAGUUUAAAAAAUUUACUUUGAUAAUUGACCUUUACUUUUUGGCCUGUAACACGGCACCUUGGUUCCCUUUUUAAGUUUGAG